AUGCAAAGUUCAGACAGUGGCUCAGAUUCUGCAACGUCAGUCGCUCUACGGACGUCUGCAUCGGCCCAGGCACCUGUAGUUCAGCCAGUACCAGCUUCCCAACAGGUUCAAACCGUUCAGCAUGUCUAUCCAGCACAGGUGCAGUACGUGGAAGGAGACGCUGUGUACACCAAUGGAGCAAUCCGGACAACCUAUUCCUACAAUGCUGAAGCACAGAUAUAUGCUCCCAGUAGUGUUGCCUCAUAUUUUGAUUCCCAGGGUGGAGGUGCUCAAGUGACGACUGUGGUUUCUACUCCCACUGCCAUUCCUUCCCACAGUAUGGUUGGCAUCACCAUGGAUGUGGGUGGGAGCCAAAUCAUCUCUAGCUCUGGAGCAUACCUGAUCCAUGGUGGCCUGGACAAUUCUCGCCAUUCUUUGUCUCAUACAUCACGUUCUUCUCCUGCCACGCUUGAAAUGGCGAUUGAAAAUCUACAAAAAAAUGAAGGCAUCACCUCUCACAAAAGCAGCUUGCUCAACAGCCAUCUUCAGUGGCUGUUGGAUAACUAUGAAACAGCAGACGGUGUUAGCCUUCCCAGAAGUUCAUUGUACAACCAUUACUUACGGCAUUGCCAGGAGCACAAGCUGGAUCCAGUUAAUGCAGCUUCAUUUGGUAAACUAAUACGCUCGGUGUUUAUGGGACUGCGGACAAGACGUCUUGGCACCAGGGGUAACUCUAAAUACCACUAUUAUGGCAUCCGGUUGAAACCUGAUUCCCCACUUAACAGACUUCAAGAAGAUAUGCAGUAUAUGGCAAUGAGACAGCAGCCAAUCCAUCAGAAACAAAGAUACAGACCUACACACAAGACAGAUGGCAUGAUGGAUAGCUCGAUCAGCAGCCAGCACACCUCUCCAGAGCAGUCCGUUGCUGCUCAGAGCCAGCACCACCAGCAAUUCAUAGAUACCUCCCAUGUGUUCCCAGACUUUCCUGAUCCAGAUCUGGGUGGUGUGAUGCUACCCGAUGGCAUUACUAUGUCUGAUGUAAAGAAUUUGCAGCUUAUGUACCGAAGACACUGUGAAGCAACUGUAGAUGUGGUGAUGAAUCUGCAGUUCCAAUAUAUUGAAAAAUUGUGGCUGGCUUUCUGGAACUCUAAACCGUCUUCUCCGGAUGGCUCAGCAGCAUUGUCUAGCGAGGAGGAGCAGGAAGCAGUCAUCCCGAAGGAGAAACUAAUGGUUCUGUGUAAAUAUGAGCCUGUUAUGAGGUGGAUGAGGGGCUGUGACCACAUUCUUUAUCAAGCUCUAGUGGAAAUUCUAAUUCCAGAUGUCUUGCGGCCUGUACCAAGUACUUUGACCCAGGCAAUACGGAAUUUUGCAAAGAGUCUGGAAGGAUGGCUAACAAAUGCCAUGACUGAUUUUCCCCAGCAAAUAGUCCAGGCAAAGGUUGGUGUUGUCAGUGCCUUUGCCCAGACCCUUCGUCGAUACACCUCAUUAAAUCAUUUGGCACAAGCUGCCCGUGCUGUUUUACAAAAUACAUCACAAAUCAACCAGAUGCUUAGUGAUCUUAACAGAGUAGAUUUUGCAAAUGUUCAGGAACAAGCAUCCUGGGUGUGCCAAUGCGAGGAAGGCAUGGUUCAGAAGCUGGAACAAGACUUCAAGUUAACCCUACAGCAGCAGAGCUCGUUGGACCAGUGGGCAAAUUGGUUGGAUAAUGUAGUCACCCAGGUGCUAAAGCCUUAUGAAGGGAGUCCCAGUUUUCCAAAGGCUGCCAGACAAUUUCUGUUGAAGUGGUCUUUUUACAGUUCAAUGGUUAUCCGGGAUCUCACCCUGCGCAGUGCUGCCAGUUUUGGAUCCUUUCAUUUAAUCCGACUGCUGUAUGAUGAGUACAUGUUCUACUUAGUAGAGCACAGAGUGGCUCAGGCAACAGGAGAGACACCCAUUGCAGUGAUGGGCGAGUUCAGUGACCUGUCUACUAUGUCUCCAGUAACAAUGGAUAAAGACAACAUGAGUGAGCUGGGCAGUGAUGAUGCGUCCGGUGAGACACCAGUGAAGAGGGAACGUGUGGAGAUGAACCACUCCCUGCAGGAGGUGUAA